AUGGGUGUAGGUAGUUCCAAACACAAUUCACCGGACUUUCAUCUAACGAUGAAUGAAAUGUGUAAAUCCCAUUCACAACCUUUAGACAUUAUAUGUGAGGACUGUGAUAAAUGCAUUUGUGCUAUGUGUACCAAAGCCCAAAAUCAUACCUGGAAAACAACUACCACAAUAUUGGAAGACAUGCAUAAUUAUCUGAAUGGAAUUGAAAAGGAGGUGAAGAAAAUAUCAAAAAAAAUCUCAGAAAAUGAAACACUGUACUCUUCUGAGUACAGAAAAUUACAGAAGCAUUUUGAAGAAAUAAUUACGUUGCUGACGAAAGAAAAAAGACACCAUGAACAAAGAUUGAAAGACAAUACGGAAGAAAAGAAUGAUCGAUUGAUCCGUCAGAGAUCCGAGCUAGGGAUGAAGAAAAGAAAAGUUUUGGACACAAUGAAAUCUAUGGAGGAUAACAUUAGAAAUAAAUCAUAUGUGAGCUUGAUUGAAAACAAAAGAAAAUUUACAAUAAUUAGCAGUGAUUUAGAGGUGCAUAUGACAAACUGUGAACAAUCUGUGAGGUUCAUCAAAGGCGCAAUUAAUAUCAAUUUGAUUAAAUCUUUGUUGGGAAGAACCUUGGAUUUAGAUGAUGUUGGACUGGUUAAAAUAAACUCAUUUCAAUAUGGAAAAAACGUUUUAUCUAUAUUGAAAACAUUUAAUGAAGACCAUUGUUAUUUAAGAGAAGAUAAUUCAGAAUAUACCGAACAAAUUAACAUGGAAGGUGCAAAAUCACAGAAAAUUAGUAUUUCUCCUAAUGAUUUCUGCGUGACUGAAACGGGCGAUAUUUUUUUCACUGGUCCUACAAGCAAGUCAGUCUGCUAUUUGUCUCCAUCAAGUUCUCCAGCAGAACCUCUCUCUACAGUCAUCAGUACAGAUCGACUGGUACCAUGGGGAAUCUGUCAGUCAUUAGAUGGUGGACUACUAGUUACCUUUAGAGACAAGGAAUCGGAACUCUACAACUUAGACGAACACAGCAGACGUCUGGUGAGACACAUCACAGUGACAGGUGAUGUCAUCCAUGAGUAUGAGUACCAGGAGGACGGUCACACCAGAUUGUUUACAUGGCCAUACAGAGUCACUCAAAACAGUAACACUGAUAUCUGUGUUGUGAAUCGUUCUCGGAGCACGGCAGGUGAUCUAAGGAUUAUCUCUCUCUCUGGUGGUAUGAAGUCAGUCUACCAAGGCGAGAACGUGACCAAGAUCCUCAACCCAGCAGAUGUAGUGUGCGACUCCCUCUGUAACAUCCUUGUUACUGAUAUUAAUAACCGCCAAAUCCAUCUACUGAGUUCUAAUGGGGAGUAUUUGAAGUCCUUAUUGACAGAUAAUGAAGAGAAUCGUCCACAUUCACUGUCUCUACACAAUUCUACAUUGUGGGUAGGGUAUUACGAAGGAUCAGUUACAGUAUUUCAGUACAGUAUGUAA